AGGCACCCACGCCCAUCAACGACGCUCUAUCGACUCAGUCGUCACAGCUCGAUUAAACGGCGCAGAUUGACCUCUGAAGGUCUCUGCUCGAUCCCCCAAAUCCAUCAAUCAUGGCAACCACCACCACCCCCCCCAGCCAGUCACGGCCCGCAUCCCCCUCCUCCUCCGACGCAGACAUGGACGACUCCGUCUCCAGCCAGACGGCAGCGAACUACCAGUUCCCCACGCACAGGUACAAGAGGCAGCAGACGCAGGCGAAUCGCAUCCCCCUCGUCUUCGUGGCCUGUGGGUCGUUCAGCCCGAUUACGUAUCUGCAUCUGAGGAUGUUUGAGAUGGCGGCUGAUUUUGCGAAAUUUAAUACCGAGUUUGAGGUUCUGGGCGGGUUUUUGAGUCCCGUUAGUGAUGCGUAUAAGAAGGCUGGGUUGACGAGCGCGAGACAUCGCCUACGUAUGUGCGAGCUCGCCGUCCAACAGACCUCAAAUUGGCUCAUGGUCGACCCCUGGGAAGCGCUGCAAGAGAAAUACACCCCCACCGCACUCGUCCUCGACCACUUCGAGCACGAGAUCAACGUCGUGCAAGGCGGCGUGCUAGACGUAGACGGAAACCCGCGCCCUGUCCGCAUCGCCCUCCUCGCCGGCGCAGACCUAAUCCAAACCAUGUCCACCCCCCUGGUCUGGUCAGCCAAGGAUCUCGAGCACAUCCUCGGUCGGUACGGGACGUUCAUCGUUGAGCGGACGGGUACGGAUAUCGAUGAUGCGCUGUCGAGUUUGCAGGCGUGGAAGGAGAAGAUUUGGGUUAUCCCGCAGUUGAUUUUGAAUGAUGUUAGUAGUACUAAGAUCCGCCUGUUUCUGAGGAGAGAGAUGAGUGUGAGAUACCUCAUUCCCGCACAGGUGAUUGAGUAUAUUGAGGAGAAUGGGUUGUAUGAGGAGGAAGGAGCAGAGGGGAAGGGGAAGGGGAAGACGACGACUGGGGGGGAGACGGCAGGAGAGGCGGCGGCGAAAAGCUAGUUGGGGGCUGGUGUUGAAGGACAAAACAGACAUAUAUUGUACUAGAAGAUCCCCAGUUUGGCUUGGUCCAUUGGGGGGGGAGGGAAUCUCGUUACACGCGAAGAGGAAGGUUCUU